AUGUUAAAAUAUUGUCCAGUCCAUGCUGCACCAAAAUGUACAUGUAAUAGUAUUGAAGAGCAGGAAAAUGAAAAUGACGAUGAUGACAACAAAGAUAAUGAUAAUAUCGAAAAUGAAAAUUCUCCCGGAAAACCUUUUACUAAUAAUCCUUCUUAUCCAACUACGCAAAGGGAUAUUGUGGGAAACAAUCUUCAAUUUAAUCCAACUUCUACAGACGGUUGGAGCGAUGGGGAAACAGGCAAUUUACAAUCAUUAUUAAUGUACAGAGAUGCAUUGAAAAGAAAUUUAACAACGCCAAUGUUAGCGGGUGGAGGGUUACCGAAAAUGCGUUGUGGUCGAAUUGGAAGUAGCUGGCGACACAUUAAACAAACAAACACAUAUAGUGGAUCGAAUUUAUUAUUUAUUGAUGAAGAUAGUUAUAAAUUUCCAAUGAAUCGAUUUGGCUAUCCGCCUAAAAUGAAACAUCAUCAAUCGUUGAAUUAUUUAAAUAAAUAUGAUACUCAUCGUUAUGGACCGACGAUGGCACAAUCAUUCAAUACCGGUACAGCAAAAUCCAUGGACAACUUUCACACAAGAUCAAUGGAUAAUUUAGCAUGGAGUGGAACAAACGAAUUAAAUAGACGUCCAUCAAUAUCACAAUAUGAUAGUCGAUAUUCUCAUCAUCCUAAAGAUGCUUAUUGGCCAAAGGAUGGGUUUAAUAAGAAGCCAAAAGGUAAUGAAAAAUAG